UUUUAUUACUAUAUUACUUUAUUUUAAAGUUUGAAUCUUUUGUAGCUAAUGGUUUGUUCUAGAGAGUAUUCUGUAUUCCCAUUUGAGAUUUAGUUGAUAUUUCUACAAUUGGAAAUCAUAAGCCAGUGACUACAUACCAGUGGAAACAUCUUCACUAUGCCUUUACAAAAGAAUUUAUUUAACAUGGUUGAUUUUAUGCAGUUGUCCUCAUAUCUUCAGUAAUUUUAGGUGUAUACCAUCCUUUAGUUUAUGAACAUAAAAGGGCCACUAACAUUGAUUUUACAGCAUCUACAGAGAACAUGUUAUGGAAAAAAAAAUUAUGGUAUUUGUAAAUUGAGUCUAGUAACUAGGAAUUUUUUUUCCUACUCUUGCAUAUGGUUUAUGGAUGUUAGUUAUGUAGUAUCUAUUCCAAACUGGUUUUACUAAAAUAUUACUUUAAGACAGAAAUGUACAUGAUUGUGUCUGGUUAGUUCUCAAUAUGACUUUCAGUAGCAGCUAGAGAAGGGGUGAAAGGUGACCUUUUGUGAAAGUAGGAAUGAUACCCUAGAAAUCUGGUAUUAAAUUGAAAACAUGUAAGAGUGACAGAUUUUCAUUCCUUUAAGAGCCCACCAGCUUUUGUAAGGUAUUCUGCCCAAAUGGUUAGCUUCUUAGUAAUGCAUCUCCCUUCCUCCUUCCCUCCCCCCCCUUCCCCCUCCUUUUUAAACUAUUGCACCAGGUCACUUUUUUGAAGAAUUAAGAAAUAUUACCUUGUUCAUGUCUCAGUGAUACCAAGAGGUUUUCACAUUAUUGGAUUACUGGAGGAUUUGUGACAGGCCCCUUUUUAUCUGACAUUCAUUGCAUUGACAAGAUUUUCACACAUGCCCUUCCCCCAUCCAUGCUUCUGCUUUUCACUUUGUAUUACAUAUCAAAUUUCCCUUAAUUCUUUUCUGGAGGUGGGGGUGGGGAGAGAGAAAACCUACCACUAGUGUGUACACACAUACACACACACACAUACACACACACACACACACACACACACAACUGUCUGUUUUAGCUAAGUAACUAGAAAGGAUUGUUUGGCUAAAUAAUACCUGUCUUUGCACUCUACUUUCCAAGGUGAUCUUCUGUAUUUUUAUUCCCCUCCCUUUUCAGUUCAAUAUGGUUAAAAUCAACUGUCUUGUUAUAGCACAACUUUCAGAGUAACUGGAUUCAAAAGUAUGCAGCACAUUGGAGAUCCCACUUAUCUUCCUGCUUAGUGAGAGCUUCUGAAUCAAAGCUCUCCUGCUUUAAAAUCUGACACAUUACCUCCCCCAUGCCUCCCCUCCCCCAAAUAUUACCAGCCCUUACUCCCUUCGCUGCACACCAUUAAUGCUUCUGAUCAGGUGUUCCAAAUUCCUGAUGGAUGCAUUUAAAAGGAAAAGGGAAGCCUAAGGGGGAUUCCCCGGGGUACCUUUCUUUUGACCCUUUUUGGGGAAGGUGAACCCUAGCCCUGUAGAAUGCUUAAGUAGCUCUAGAAUGUUUUGCAAUUCUUGGGCCCGGGGCUGAUUAUGGGAAAUCUGAGAGGUCUCCCGCCCCAGUUAAUAUUUUGAGCUUAAAAUUCCUAUCACUAAUAAAUCCAAACUUCAAAAAUACAAAAAAAAAAAAAAAAAAAAAAAAACCCUAUUCCCUAGAUUCUUGCUUAGACCCAUUGAAUUAAAUACCUACUAUGUGCAAGGCCCAUUCUAAAUCUUAGAUUUAUGAUAGUGACCUAAAAAGUCACUUUAGUAACUGAAAGAGAAAAUGAUUUGGCUUAUUCUGGUGAUAUAGGUAAUAAACUAGAGAGUGCUGGAGCAAGCAAGAGAGUUGGGCUGAGUGGAGCAACGUGAUUUAUUUCCUAUGUAUGUUGGACAUUAUGGAAGAGAGGGAUGGACCAGUAAAAAAAGAGGGACAGAAAUUUCCAUUUAGGGUCAGUUAGGAAAAUUGGAUUUUAUGAAUAGAAAUAUGUAAAUUUUAAAAAGCAUUCAUUAUGUGCAUUCAUUCUAUGUGUCACUUUUGUAAUGUAUAUAUGUAUAAAUAACUACACAUCUAUAUAUAAAGAAAUGUAGACCUUUAUUUAUGAGACAGAGGUUUGACUAGACUGGUUUUAAAUUGUGACUAAAUGUGAAAAAAAAACAAAACAAAAAAACGAGUGUAGUGAAAAGAAAAGUUGAUGUGGAAUCCCAUAACUUGUGGUAGAUUCUAGCUACAUGAACUUGGACAGUUCACUUCACCUUAGUAAGCCUCUUGUUUCCUCAUCUGUAAAAUGGGGAGGGGAGGGGAAAGGAUUUUUAUUUCCAGGGCUUUUUUUCUAGCUCUGAUUUCUAAAACGAAAGGUUUCUUUGGCAUGCGUCUCCAAACAAUAUCCCAUGUUCCAUUUUAGGACAAAAGAUUUCUUCUUAUCUGGGCCAAGAGGGGAAAUCUCAUGGAAUAGGUUUGACUUCCCCUUCCUGCAGAGGUGUUUAGGGCACGCAGUGACAGGUUUCUGAAUGGCCAGGGACAAUGUGCCCUUGGCUGGCCAUGUCCCCUGGAUAUCCUUUGCUAGGAAGAAGGCAGCUGGAUGGAGUGUUCUUGCCCACUCUCACCUCCCACCCUUACCCAUCCCCCUGGCAUUUUUUUCCUCUUUCACUAGGCUCUUUCCCUCCCUUUUCCCCCUGUUUCCCUUUUUUUUAAUUUCCCUCCUUUCCCUACUCCAUCUCUAUCUUCCUUUCCUCCCUCUCUCCCCUCUCAGUCUCACACACACCCUCUGUUUAUUUUCCUGCCUCCAUCUGGGCCCUGCUGAUAUUGUAAUCACCCUGAUGCACAUUGCCUUCCCCCCUCUCUCUCACUCACACACUCACUCACACACAAUGUGCCAUCCUGACAAGGCUUUUACUUCAGAUAAGCUUCGAUGUGUGUUUAAUGAAUACAAAGCCGGGGCCAGGCUGCUGCUGCUGCUGCUGCUACUGCUACUGCUGCUGCUGCUACUGCUACUACUGCUACUGCUGCUGCUUCUGCUACUGCCGCCGCCUCUGCUGCCUCCAUAGCCACCUCUGCUCCUGUACUCCUGCCAGAAGAUCGUAGUGAGAAGCAUUCCACAAUGCCAGACUCACCUGUGGAUGUGAAGACACAAUCCCGACUGACGCCUCCCACAAUGCCGCCUCCUCCAACGACCCAAGGAGCGCCAAGAAGCAGUUCAUUCACACCCACAACAUUAACUAAUGGCACAAGCCAUUCACCCACAGCUUUGAAUGGAGCCCCAUCUCCACCCAAUGGCUUUAGCAAUGGGCCUUCCUCCUCUUCCUCUUCCUCUCUGGCUAAUCAGCAGUUACCACCAGCCUGUGGAGCAAGGCAACUCAGCAAAUUGAAGAGAUUUCUUACCACCUUGCAGCAGUUCGGCAAUGACAUUUCACCAGAAAUAGGGGAAAGAGUGCGCACUCUUGUACUAGGACUGGUGAACUCUACUUUGACAAUUGAAGAAUUUCAUUCCAAACUGCAAGAAGCUACUAACUUCCCACUGCGACCUUUUGUCAUCCCAUUUUUGAAGGCCAACCUCCCUCUUCUCCAACGGGAGCUCCUGCACUGCGCAAGAUUGGCCAAACAGAACCCUGCCCAGUACCUCGCUCAACACGAACAGCUGCUCCUGGAUGCCAACACCACCUCACCUGUUGAUUCCUCAGAGCUGCUUCUCGAUGUGAACGAAAACGGGAAGAGGCGAACUCCAGACAGAACCAAAGAAAAUGGCUUUGACAGAGAGCCUUUGCACUCAGAGCAUCCAAGCAAGCGGCCAUGCACUAUUAGCCCAGGCCAGCGGUACAGUCCAAAUAAUGGCUUAUCUUACCAGCCCAAUGGCCUGCCUCACCCCACCCCACCGCCACCUCAGCAUUAUCGUUUGGAUGAUAUGGCCAUUGCCCACCACUACAGGGACUCCUACCGACACCCCAACCACAGGGACCUCAGGGACAGGAACAGACCUAUGGGGUUGCAUGGCACACGUCAAGAAGAAAUGAUUGAUCACAGACUAACAGACAGAGAAUGGGCAGAAGAAUGGAAACACCUUGACCAUCUCUUAAAUUGUAUUAUGGACAUGGUAGAAAAAACAAGGCGAUCUCUCACUGUGCUUCGGCGAUGUCAGGAAGCCGACAGGGAGGAGCUCAAUUACUGGAUCCGUCGAUACAGUGAUGCAGAAGACUUAAAAAAAGGUGGUGGUGGCAGUAGCAGCAGCAGCAGCCACUCCAGACAGCAGAGCCCUGUCAAUCCAGAUCCAGUCCCACUAGAAUCACAUCGGGAAUUCCUUCACAGGCCUGCUUCUGGAUAUGUGCCAGAGGAGAUCUGGAAGAAAGCUGAGGAAGCAGUCAACGAAGUAAAACGUCAAGCUAUGACUGAGUUGCAAAAGGCUGUGUCAGAGGCAGAGCGGAAGGCCCAUGACAUGAUAACUUCAGAGAGAGCCAAGAUGGAGCGGACGGUUGCAGAAGCAAAGAGGCAGGCCGCUGAGGAUGCCCUGGCUGUAAUCAACCAACAGGAAGAUUCAAGUGAGAGUUGCUGGAAUUGUGGACGUAAAGCAAGUGAAACUUGCAGUGGUUGCAACACAGCAAGAUACUGUGGCUCAUUUUGCCAGCACAAAGACUGGGAGAAACAUCAUCACAUCUGUGGACAGACCCUCCAAGCCCAACAGCAGGGAGAGACACCAGCAGUCAGUUCCUCUGUGACUCCCAACAGUGGGGCAGGAAGCCCUAUUGACACACCACCAGCAGCCACUCCUAGGUCAACUACCCCUGGCACCCCAUCUACCAUAGACACAACUCCUCGUUAAAAAAUGAACUCAGAACUGUUAGAGGAAAACCAACAAAACAAAUAUAAAACCAAUUCCUCCUCCUCAGAUGCUCAAAGUUGUUUUUUUUUUUUUUUAAAUAUUCAGCAAAAUAGAACUUACUGUAUCUUGAGGCAGUAGUAAAAAAAAAAACAAAAAACAAACAAAAAACAAACAAAAAAAACACAGAAGGCCAGUAACGGGUCAUAAUGACUUA